UAAUCCCACACACUUUUUCUCUCCAUUCCUGCUGAAGUAAACCCUAGCUUCUGAGUGCAGAGCCGUCUAAGUAGCAGAGCCACCGGAAGCUAUCAUCCAAGAUGACUUUCAAGCGAAGGAAUGGAGGUCGAAACAAGCACGGUCGUGGCCAUGUAAACCCUAUCCGAUGCUCCAACUGCGGAAAAUGCUGCCCCAAGGACAAAGCUAUCAAGAGGUUUCUUGUGAGGAACAUAGUUGAGCAAGCUGCUGUUCGGGAUGUCCAGGAUGCUUGUGCCUUUGAGACGUACACUCUUCCCAAGUUGUAUGUGAAGAUGCAAUAUUGUGUUUCAUGUGCAAUUCACUCCAAAGUUGUUAGGGUGCGCUCAAGUACUGAUAGAAGGAACCGUGAACCCCCUCAGCGCUUCAGGCGUCCAAGGGAGGAUCAGCCCAGGCCUGGACAAGCACCACGUCCUGCUGGAGGAGCUCCAGCUGCUACCCGGACUUGAAAAACCACUUAUUAUUUCCUCUACUAAGCUUUUAAAUUUGGUGUUGGUGGAGUUUCAUUAUGCUUUAUUAUAAGAAGGAUUUGACAUUAAUUGCUAUUUUGUUUUGCUUUAAUGUGGACUAAUAUUGUGUUGUCAUUUUGAAUUUUAGGAAAAACUAAGAUUUUUGAAUUCUAUCAAUGAAGUCGUUUCAGACAUGUUACUUGUGGUUACUUCUCUAGUUUGGGGUUAUAAGCUAUUCGUGAUGGUAUUAUAAUUUAUUGGUAAACCAGGUGAGUAUAAGAUGACUGUCAGGGAGGACAAGAAAAUUAUGUUUUAAUUGAUUUUAGUUUGUUAAUAUAUGAUUAGCCGAAAG